AAGGAAGUAUACCUGCGCAGGCUUAAUUCAAUGAAAACGUUUUUGUAGACCGGGAAGAUAAAAAUUUUUUUAUAAGAUGUAGUUUGCAUUCAAAAUACUGUAACAUAAUAGGCGUUACGUUCUGUUAAUAAAAAAGAAUGGUUUAACAAUUUCAUAUUCGCUAAACUUCCUCUUUUCUGCUCACACGUGAAAUGCGACUAUAGGUGACUGUCGUUUUCAUCAAGCAAAACUGAUAUUAAAAACUGUUUAAUUGAUAUGUUUACAUCAAUUUCAAUUUGAUUCAAUAUCAAGACGGACAAUUUUCUUGCGAAAAAAAAAAACUGAGUAAGAAAAGAACGUCGAUGUGACUUAACCAAGAAGUGGACUUUACAGAAUGAUCGAGUUUGUAGGAUUUGUAGUUCUACUUUUAGGAACUGUUUCAAGAGCGGAAAACAUUACAUGUAGCAGUGAAUGCUCACCAGAUCCAUCAAACACGACAGAACCAUGUAACAUCACUUCCGGUGAGUGUUUGUUCGGGUGCAUUCAAGGAUAUACCGGACCUAACUGCUCAGUACAAUGUCCAUCUAAUUGCUUGCAACCUCUCCAAAACAGCACAGAAACUUGCGAUGCUACAACGAAUGAGUGUUUACACGGUUGCAAAUUAGGUUACGCCGGACCAACUUGUUCAUAUGAUUGUCCAUUGAACUGUAGGUUCUCAAGCAGCGCGAAAGGCGACUCGUGCAACACCAGUACUGGAGAAUGUUUACUCGGAUGUCAGUAUGGUUAUGCCGGACCAAACUGCACCGUUGAAUGUCCAGGUAACUGUGGAAAAGCCGAGGAGUUAAACACACAAACUUGUAAUGAAACUUCAAGACAGUGCCUAUAUGGUUGUUUGCAAGGUUAUGGAGGUCCAAACUGUUCUUUUGAAUGUUCCAUGACGUGUACAAAAUCUCCUACUAAGAACACUGAAACAUGUGAUAUAACUGGCGAAUGCUUAUACGGUUGCAUGUCGAGAUAUGCUGGUCCAAACUGCUCUUUUGAAUGCCCCACUAACUGUUCGUACCCACUUCAAAACAAUACCGAGAUGUGUAAUUACAAGACCGGAGAAUGUUUACAUGGUUGUAUCACGGGUAGUGCAGGUCCUAAUUGCUCUUAUAAAUGCCCCACAAACUGUUUGCUUCCAGUAACAGGUGGAAAUGAUACCUGUGACUCUACAACCGGAGAAUGCUUGCUUGGUUGUCUUAAAGGUUUUGCUGGACCAAACUGUUCCUAUGAAUGUCCCGCAAACUGCACGCUUCCAGCAAUUGAUGGGACGGAAACCUGCAACUAUACAAACGGAGAAUGUCUUCUUGGCUGUAAGGACGGUUAUGCUGGGACCAAUUGUUCUUUUGAAUGUCCUUCAAAUUGUAUGUUUCCAUCCAAAAACGAGACGGAAACCUGUGACUACACGAUAGGCGAAUGUUUGCAUGGGUGCAAGGAUGGGUUUGCUGGACCAAAUUGCUCAUUUGAAUGUCCUGCUAACUGUAAUCUUCCAUCCGAGAACGAGACUGGAACUUGUGAACAUACAACAGGGGAAUGCUUGCAUGGCUGCAAGGCUGGGUUUGCUGGAACAAAUUGCUCCGUUAAAUGUCCACAGAACUGUGCCCCUUCCGACAACAGAGGAAGUGAAAUAUGUAACGCAACCUCUGAGGAUUGUGUCUAUGGAUGUAAAGAUGGAUUUUAUGGUCGUAACUGCACAAACAAAUGUUCUGAUCAAGAUCUGUAUUGUAUGCGAUGCUCUGCAAAGGAUGAUAACAGUGGAUUUGUAUGCAACGAAUGCAACAAAAACUUCUACCGAGAUAACGGUAAAUGCAUUCAAUGUAACUACUAUUGUACUAUCAAGACAAAUCAUUCUCUACCAACAUGCAGGGAACGUGAUGGAUAUUGUAACUUCGGUUGUCGUUCAAAUCGCUAUGGUUUUAAAUGUGGCAUAAGAUGUAGCAGCACUUGCAACAAUACUUGUCAAAGGGAAACCGGAUCAUGUAUUGGAGGAUGCAAAUAUCCAAGCUACUGCGGACCAACUUGUGAAAUUGGAUGUCAAGAUGGUUGUAAAUUACAACAGUGUAACCAGUCUUGUGAUUGCGUGAAUGGAUGUAAUCAUAACUACUGGGGAAACAAAUGCCCGAACCUCUGUAGUGAAAAUUGCAAGGAGCCUGUAGACUCUGCAAUAUGUGACAGUAUCGAUGGGACCUGUCUUGACGGAUGUAAAGACAAUAAACAUUGGGGUAAUAAGUGCAUUUCAUGCUCCGAUGGUUGUCUAAAUGGAACCUGUGAACAGAAAUCUGGGGACUGCACAGAAGGAUGCACGACAAAAACAGUAUAUGGUGGGCAAUGUAAUGUACCAUGCAGUGACAAUUGUCUAAACGGCACGUGUGGGAGAGCCGACGGAUAUUGUAACGAAUGCGUAAAAGAACAUUAUGGUGUACAAUGUGAAAAUAGCUGUAAUUUAAAUUGCAUCAAUAGCAUGUGUGAUAGAGUGAAUGGAUCUUGUGUUUAUGGAUGUAAAACGGGCACCUAUGGAGACCAGUGUGACAAAGUUUGCAGCGACAAGUGUUUUGAUCUGAAAUGUGAGAGAGACGACGGUAAUUGUACUGAUGGCUGUGUAUCAGGAUAUCAAGGAUUCCAUUGUCUGACCGUUAUGCCAAUUCCUACACCUAGCCCAUUAUCUGUAUUGAGCGACAACUGGGUAUAUGUAGCUAUAGGUUGUGGGGCACUUGUAGCCCUGGGUGUUAUGGCAACAAUAGUAUUGGUGACAAAGAAACGGAGGCAAAUUGCUAAACGCAGAAGAACCGCAAGGAUGUCUACACUCCCUGAUGAAAAAGUUCUAGAGGAAGCGCAGCGCCGACAGAAACAUAAAGCCGAAGGUGCAGGAGCCAGACUGACCCAGUUGUUUGUUGAGAACCCACUUGCCAGAUUUAUGAAGUACCGAAGUCAUGGUGGCGACUUGAUUACCAAAACACCUCUGAGAGAGAUCCUUGGACGAGUUAUUAAAAUGGACGAAAAUGACUUCGGCCGCGAAUUUGAUGAAUUUAAGACCGGUUUGACGAAAUCGCACGAAGCCUCAAGGAAAAUCGACAAUCUUGCCUUGAAUUUCUUCGGUGGAAUAUAUCCAUAUGACGAGAAUCGCGUUAUUUUGAAGCAUUCGUUUGAUGAGGAAGAUGUGAAAAGAAAAUCGAAAGGAAAACGAGGUAUAUUGAAGUCAGUUCAUUUCACGACAUUUCGCCCUAAUAGGGAUUCUACAUACGAAGUGUUAGAAGCAGAAAGUAAAAAUGAGAACCAGAAUGAAGCCAACGCCAAACGCAGAAAUAAAGGCGGAAACGAUCGGUCAAAUGGAUACUCAAGUGUUGUCUUUGAUAUAAAAGAUGAAACUGGCGCUGAUGGGCUACAGAAAGAAGACAACAAGGAAGAUGUUGACGACUAUGCAACUGUUGAUAUAAGUGGAAGUGGUAAACCUUCACCAUCUGGUAAAGAAGACGAACCAAGUGAUUAUGCAAAAGUUACUUACGGUGACAAAACCAAAUCUCCUGCAGAAGGCGAGCUGGAGGAUGACUUUGAUCAUAUAAACAAGGAUAAAAAUGGUGAAACAGCCAAGACAGAACAAACAAAAAAUGACGAAACGUGCGAAUAUCCGGUAGUUCACAAAGAUAAAGAUGGUCCCUAUGAUCAUAUAGGCGGAAAUGAAAGCGGCGCGUCAUCACACACAGAUCAACCAAAAGAUGACGACCAGUGUGAUUAUGCUGUUGUUCACAAAGAUAAAGGCGAAAGGAGAAAUUCUGACAAUACAGACGAUGAAGAUGUCAGGAAACGCAAGCCAGAAAUAACAAAGGAAAAUGAUGGAAGCGUGACUAUUAGGAAGGAUUAUAUAAAUGCGUCAUUCAUUAAGGGAUACAAUCAGAAUGAAAAAUACAUUGCCGCACAAGCGCCGUCGAAAUUGACUGCGAAUGAUUUCUGGAUCAUGGCAUGGGAACAGAAAAGUAGCUUUGUCAUCAUGCUGACAGAGAUCCCAGAAGAGGGAUUAUCUCGCUGCGAAAAGUAUUGGCCAGAUCUUGACAAACAUGAGACAUUUGGUGACAUUACGAUUACAUGCUACGAUUGUAAUCAAUAUGCUGACUAUACUGUUCGACUACUCAAACUGAGCUUGAAGAACGGUCAUGAGAGAGAUAUGGUACACCUUCAGUUCACUGCCUGGCCGGAGGAGGGCUGUCCGGUAUCUGCUAUUGACUUCAUACAGUUUCAUCAGAAAUACAGAUCUUUGACUAAAGGGCGUCACGGAAUGGGCGCUACUAUUGUACAUUGCACAGCCGGAGUGGGAAGAACUGGUGUAUUUAUUGCACUGGACAUUCUCGUAGAAGAAGGCCUGGAUACACUAAAUGUGGAUGUGUUUAAGUGUGUUGUUGCACUGCGAGAACAACGUGUGGAUAUGGUGCGCUCCAUUGACCAGUAUGAGUUUUUGUAUAAAGCUGUAGCUCAGACGUUUGCUUUAGAGGCACAGCCUUGUCAUAAAGUGAGGUUGCAAGACAAACUUACUGAGCUGAAAAGGUUUGAUCAUGACAGUGGAAAAUCAAAACUGGAACUUCUUUACCAGAGCUUAAAGGCUUCCUUGGUAUUGGAUACUGCUGAAAUAGCGACAGUUGAUGUCCUUCAAGAAAGGAAGAGCAAGGACAGGCCAACAAGUGAUGUACCAGAUGUUCUCUUCAGACCUGAUUUACCGCAAAAUAUUUACAUAAACGCAGUCAUAUUUGAGUCGCUAAGGAAGAAAGAGGCUAUAGUAGCAACGCAAAUGCCAACACCGGACACACUUCAUGAUUUCUGCCAGUUACUGGUCUAUCAUCAAUGCGCCACGGUCAUCAUGCUAAACCCAAUAGACCCUAAUGACAAGUCAAUUGGAACAUACUGGCCCACGGCAAAGACGCCAGUGGUUGCUGGUAAGAUGAUUAUUUCCCAGUUAAGUAUAGAGAAGGAAUCCGACUAUAUUAUCAGACAACUCAGAAUCCACACUCCUGAGACUGAUGACGACUCCCCGGCGCACGAAGUAACUAUGAUUCAGUAUAAAGGGUGGAAGAUAGUUAAGAAUGUACCAAACGCAAAAAACAUGCUGAAAAUCCUUCAAGUGUGUCAGAGAUACAUCAGGGAUUUGCCAGAUAAGCGCCUUUUAAUCCAUUGCAUGAAUGGAGCUGAACAAAGUGGUUUGUUUUGUGCUUUGGUGAAUUUGUUUGAGAUAGUAGACUUUGAAGACGAAGUUAGUGUUACAAGUGUCGUUAGAAAGAUACUAGCGAGAAGGCCAAACGCGUUACCUACUAUGGACCAGUUUGAGAUGUGUUUUGCCGCAACAUGUGAAUAUAUCAAAAAGGCAUGAUUGUGCUCUGGUAGUGUUGUGCGUGUAGCGGACUGUUGACAUUAGAACAUAUAUUAUUUACUGACAGCAGCAGACAGUGAAGCAGACAGUUAAAAGUUCUUACAUGGUUACUGUGGAUAUAAAUUAUUUAAUAUCUGUACUUUUGGUUAUAUUUUGCCAUUGAAUAUAUAUCAUAUAUACUGCUUUAUCAUUAUUAUCAUGAUUUUAACUGUGGAAAAAAGUAAUGAUGUACGUUUGUCUUAACCUUGAUAAGGGUAUUAUCUAAAUAUUAAAGACUAAUACUAAGAAUAAAUUUGUUAAAUUUAAAGUUAUAUACUGUACUCGCAUGUAAAAUAAAUGCAGCAUGCAUCAUUUGACACUAGAUACACUAAAGACGAAUCAUAUCUGUAGAUUAUUUAAAAGUUGAAACCGGACGUUAUGGUCAGAACAGAAUUGACAGAAGUGAACGAACUUGUGAUGUUUGUUGUUCUAGAGACAUAGAAGAUGAGUUUCUUAUGAUAUGUGUUUGUCCGCUUAUUAUUUACAUAUACCUUCUAAUACCUUUUUAUUUUAUACUUUUCUGUGAAAUACUAAAAUUUCCAGAUUCAAACAGUGAAAAUAUCAUUUUUAUUUUUUCACUGGUACAGAUUUACAUUUGAAUGCGAAAUGAUAUGAAUUAUAAAUGAUAGGAAAUUCCUUGCAAAAUAUUCUUCAGUAAAGGUAAAGAUGUAUAAAAAUAAUUUGAUCAUAAUAAAAUGUCAAAGAAAUCAGAAAACGUAAUAGAACAUUACUAUUUAUAGUUUUUCUACAAAGACAUCCUGACAUCGCGACAUUAUCACGUUAUGAUGCGAUGCACGUGACGUUGCGCGGGCAAACUGAAUAUAAUUUGGUUAAAAUCAUUAAAAUGCAUAAAAUGAAUGGAAAAUUUGUUUGUUUCAGUGUAAGAUAGAAAUAUAUUUCACUCCUGAACACCAUAAUUUACAUUUUCACUCGUGGCUGCGCCAUUCGUGAAAAUAUUGCAUCAUGGUGUUCACUCGGUGAAAUAUAUUUCGAUCUUAUACUAAAACAAACAAAUAUCCUCUACAUCUUAUAAAUUGGUAAAUGUUUUAUUAUUAGUCCCCUACUGGUUGAAAACCAGUUUCGGGGAUUAUAGGAAUGCACUUUUCCGUCAUUCUGUUAUUCCCUCCGUCCGUCCGUCCGUCCGUCCGCAUUUUCUUGUCAGGUCCAUAACUCUGUCAUCCAUGAAGGGAUUUUAAUAUUACUGGGCACAAGUGUUCCCCAUGAUGAGACGAUGUGUCGUGCGCAAGACCCGCACCCCUACCUUAAAGGUCAAGGUCACAAUUGGAGGUCAAAUGUCAACAGGCUUUUCUCCUGUCCGGUCCAUCCAUGAAGGGAUUUAAAUGUUAUUUGGCACAAUUGUAUCUCAUAAUAGGACGAUGUGUCAUGCCCAACUUUCAGACCCCUAGCUUAAAGGUCAAGGUCACACUUAGCAGUCAAAUGUUAGCAUGGCAUGAGCAGGGUCAGCUUCGUGUCCGGUCUAUAACUCUGUCAUUCAUUGAGGGAUUUUAAUAUCACUUAACACAAAUGUUCCCCAUGAGGAUACGACUUGUCACGCGCAAGACCUGGACCCCUACCUCAAAGGUCAAGGUCAUAAUUGGAGGUCAAAGGUCAACAGGACUUUUCUCCUGUCCGGACCAUAACUCUACAAUCCAUGAAGGGAUUUUAAUAUUACUUGGCACAAAUGCACCUCAUAAUAACACAAUGAGUCUUGUUUAACUUCAGACCCCUAGCUCAAAGGUCAAGGUCACACUUAGCAGUCAAAUGUUAACAUGGCAUGAACAAGGUCUGCUUCGUGUCCGGUCCAUAACUCUGUCAUUCAUUAAGGGAAUUAAAUAUCACUUGGCACAAAUGUUCCCUAUGAGGCGGCAACGUGUCUUACGCAAGACCCAGACCUCUAGCAUAAAGGUCAAGGUCACAAUUGGAGGUCAAAUGUCAACAGUGCUUUUUUCCUGUCUGGUCCAUAACUCUGCCAUCUAUGAAGGGAAUUUAAUAUUACUGGGCACAAAUGUUCCCCAUGAUGAGUUGGCUUGUCAUGCGCAACACCCAGGAUCCUAGCUUAAAGGUCAAGGUCACACUUUGAGAGCAAAGGUCAAUGAGAUUUUUUCCUGUCCGGUCUAUAACUUUGUCAUGCAAGGCAGGAUUUAAAUAUCAGUUGGCACAAAUAUUUCCCUGGAUGAAGCAACAUGUCAUGCGCAGAACCCGGGCCCUAAGUCUAAGGUCAAUGUCACACUUACAGGCCAAAUGUCAGAUACAAAAAUGACUUUGUCGGAACCAUUUCUUCUUCAUGCAUGAAGGGAUUUUGAUGAAACAUGGCACAGAUGUUCAGCACUAUGAGACGGAUUGUCUUGUGCAAGAACCAGGUCUCUAGGUUUAAGGUCAAGGUCAUACUUAGAGGUCAAAGGUUAAAUUUAAUGACUUUGUGCAGAGCAUUUCUUCUCUAUGCAUGGAGAGAUUUUGAUGUAAUUUGGCACAAAUGUGCAUUGCCAUGAGGCACCCUUGUUUUAAGAAUUAUCCCCCUUUGUUUUACUACAAAUAGAUUAUAUUGUUAAUUUUUUAUUACUGGCUGUAGGGAAAAAUCGAGACCAAUUUUCUGUGGUACAACAUGCAUGUUACAUUGAAUUUUUAGAUGCAUUUUGACCUAUCUCUACCUGGUUAAGAGUUUUGUGUGGACUUGUAAUAUAUUGUUUUUUUUAAUAGAUAUAUUUUUUCUUUCUUUUUUAAAUUUUUUUUUAUCAAUUUCCCUUUGUUGUUACUAAAGAUACCGUAUAUGAUAACUUUUUAUAAUUGGCCAAAAUAAAUACAUAUGAAAGCAACUAUAGGUUUUUAUGUAUGCAAAUUUUAAUCCAUGUGUUUUGUUAUAACAUAUAUAUAUAUAUAUAUAUAUAUAUAUAUAUAUAUAUAUAUAUAUAUAUAUAUAGUACAACAUUGUUUAUACAUCAUUGACAUAUAUCAAUUCAUUAUUUAUACUGCAGUAGAAACAAUAAGGUGCCUCCCAGUAGGGGACUUUGUAUUGCAUGGCAAUACUUCAUUCACUUGUUUAUAUUGUAACACAUUUAAUUGACAUUUAUAGUUGUUACUAUGUUAAAAUGUUUUGUAAAUAUGUUCUCGUGAUGACCUUGAUUUAAUAUGUAUAUGUUGUAUGGAUUAGUAGCUUAUUGCUUAUCCUGCAAUCUGUAUUCUGUAGAUUGAGACGUCAUCAUGUUGUCAAGUCCCUUUGUAAACGAACAUGAGUGGUGUCAAAAUUAACACUGCAAUAUAGAAAAAACACUCAUGUUUAUAUUAAUCAUAUAAGAGAAAACAUUUUCAAUUUCUCAGUAUCUUUAAAACUCAAAACCAUACGCUAAAUAAAUUCAUACAUUUAACAGAAUAACAGAACUUUUCAAAGUAUAUACAUGUAUUGUGAUAACUGUACUGUUGUGUGAAUUAUUGAUACUUGUUCAUUUGCUAACAUUCUUGCAAUAACUGUAACCUUGUAUCUUAAUGUUGAAGUACUAAUUUAUAAUCAAUCAUGACAUUUUGCUGUGAACAAAUAUAAAUGUCGGACUACUGUGUUUUUUUCUUAACAAUAAAAUUAUUUACAAUUUGUGUACUCUAAACGAAAAGGAAUACAAAAAGUAGCAACUUUCGUGAUGAUACACAUGUAUCUAAUUGUAUAGUAUUUGACAUCUUUGAAGUAAAAAGGGUCAUUGAUGCCAUUAAGAAGGGAAACCCCAGGCUACAAAAUAUGCAUCAUUAGUGAAUUUUUAUGCACGAUGUUUGUUAGCGACAGUACUAUAUUUCUAUGGAAAAUGUUACUUCUUUGAUAAAAUAUGAAUGUAUAUAAUUGCAAUUACAAUGCAAAAUGACUUCCGGAAGAGUGGCUGCAUUUGAGAUUCACUUGAUAUUGUCCCAAUGAGCCAUAAUCAUUUCAGCAUUAUUUUUGUCCAUCAAUAUUACCUUUUGUCUGAUCAUGUAAUAGCUCUUAUUUUUUAUCUGCAUUUAACUUCUAACUUCGUUUUGAAUAAUAGGAACAGGGAGGUUUUUUUCUAAGAUUUCUUAACCUUGCUUUAAAUCACGUUCAUUUCCCUGAAGAAUGUGCGGUAGAGCCGGUACACAUCAUGAAGCUGAACUUUCGGAAUCAAUUAACACUGUAGAAUAUAUCAUAAAUAAAACCAUGUUUAUAGAUAAAAACAUUAUUAUACAGCAUUUUGAGCUAUAUCAACCUUGACUACAAGAAAGACAUUGCGCACGGGAGAGUACCUGUACGGUACUUUCAUGAUAUCACAUGCUAUAAUUCCCCCUUUUCUACAAAAAGGAAGUAAGAAAGUAUAUAUACGUCUCAUCCUGAUGUUACACAAAAACAACAAAUGAAAACAAAAGUUAUUCAAAGCUGAAUAUAACGCCGUGUAUUCGUCUGUCACAAGAUUUUAACCUUUACCUAAUGAUUAUGUUCUUCAACGGAUAAAUAUUGAAUGUUUUAUCACUUUUUGUUUUUGUUUGAAUAUCGACACAGACCUGGCGAAAUGGUAAUUUCAUUUGAUAUAUUUUUGCAUUAUAUAAAUAUAUUUUCACUCUUUGGUCUGGAAAACUCAUAACUGGCAAAUAAACAGAAGACAGUCUUUUUACACAUGCCUGCUCAGGUAUUUAAGGUAAGCAGUGGUCUAGUGGUUAAAAUGUCGGCCACUCUACCCAGAGGCCAUUGUUUCAAGUCGCACUGGGGUCGCAAACAUGCAUUUUAAUUUGACACUAGUACUGAAAUUCUCCAGGAAGCAGACUUGAGAGAGAUUUAAUCAGCCCGAAGCUCUCAUCACAGCCAACCGCUAAUAAAAUAGCAUUAGCCAAUUAUUGGUUGUUACCGGUGUAUUUAAUACAACCUCUCCAAAGCGGCCCUCUCUUAAACAAAAACCUCUCUAUAACAACAUCUUCAAAAUGUCCCUAAGCUGAAAUAUACUAUCAAGUUUGCCUCUCCAGAACAACAACCUCAGCAGUUAAUAUUUGUAUCUCCCAAAGGUGUUGCUGUACAGAGGUUGCACUGUAUUUCAUAAACACAUGGUGCAAUGGGUAUGGAACAUUAGGUUGAUUAUUACUAUCAAUAUUGAGUAAGGGCCUCCGUGGCUGUGUGGUAAAAGUCUCUGACUUUAAAUCACAUUCCCCUCACCAGUGUUGGUUCGGAACCUCGUUAAGGUGAUGGGAUUCUUCAUGCGAAGAAACCGUCUAACUGGCUUAUGGAAGAUCGGUGCCCACCCAUGCCUCAAGCAAUGCUGGAAUGAGCAUCUAGGCUCCACCAUGCUUGACAAGUCGCCACUUGACCAAAAUUGUGUGGGUAUGACUCUAAAUCUCAACAAAACAAUAUCAAGGCAGAAGAUAUAAAUAAAAAAAGUUUUUAACUUUCAGUUGCUUGUAUUUUUGCAUGCUUUUGUAGUUAUUCAUACAUACAUUUACAUAUUUUAGAUAUAUAAUGAGUGUAACUUUUCUGUUGUAAAAUUGUAUCAAACAGUGUUCAGAAGCUUUAAAUUUUAUAACUGUUUUAUAUUAUAUCACCUAGCAAUAUCUCUGUUAUCAGUUGUCUGUUAUUUGUAACAUAUCUUAAUUAUAGUUUGCUAGUUUGCGCAUUAUUCAUAUCACUAAUGUCUAAAUAUAUGUGUUUAUUUCAAUAUUUAUUGGAUCUUUCAUUUCUUCAUCAUGUAAAUAUUUCUAUAAGUUGUGAAUAAAUCUUCUUAACCGAAACAAAAGUAA